AUGCGUUGUGUCCCGUUUCGGGGCGCACUGCCCCAUUUUGCGGGGGGGAGGGACUCGCUGCCUCACUCUCAGGGUCACCACCUGGAGCUAUCCCGGGUCCCGGCCCCGCUCCUGCGCCCAGUGGGGGCCGGGCCGGUGUCGGGGGCCGGAUCGAGGCGGUCCCGCGGGGCCUCGUUAAAGCGGCGGCGGCGGCGGGAGGCGGUGGCCGGAGGCAGCGGCGAUGGGCAGCGAGGGGCAGCGCGGCCCGGCGGCGACCCCCGGCCCGGGCGACUCGGGGGCGCUGCGGAGGGACUGCCAGCACCGACUAUCCUGGUCACUCCCAGGAUCUUCGUGAACCGGAGCCUGGCACUGGAGAAGAUCAAAUGCUUCGGCUUUGACAUGGACUACACCUUGGCCAUGUACAAGUCCCCCGACUAUGAGGAGUUGGCCUUCAGCCUGCUGCUGGAGCACCUGGUCUGCAUCGGGUACCCCCCUGAGAUCCUGGUCUACAAGUACGACCCCACCUUCCCCACCCGGGGGCUGGUGUUCGAUGCCCUGUACGGGAACCUGCUGAAGGUGGACUCCCAUGGAAACCUGCUGGUCUGUGCCCAUGGCUUCCGCUUCCUCAAGGGGGCCGAAAUCCUCCACUAUUACCCCAACAAGUUCAUCCAGCGGGAUGACAUGAAGCGCUUCCACAUUCUCAACACCCUCUUCAACCUCACAGAAGCUUACCUCUACGCCUGCCUCGUGGACUUCUUCACCAACUGCUCCACAUACGUCAACUGUGACACAGGCUACAAGCAUGGGAACCUCUUCAUGUCCUUCCGGAGCAUGUUCCAGGAUGUGCGCGAGGCCAUGGACCAUGUGCACCUCUCAGGCUGCUUGAAGGAAAAGACGCUGGAGAACCUGGAGAAGUAUGUGGUGAAGGAUCCUCGGGUGCCACUGCUGCUGAGCCGCAUGAAGGAGGUGGGGAAGGUUUUCUUGGCCACCAACAGCGACUACGACUACACCCAUGCCAUCAUGUCCUACUUGUUUGACUUCAGUGAUGGGGACAAGCGCCCCUGGCGCUCCUACUUCGACCUCAUCGUGGUGGAUACCCGCAAGCCGCUCUUCUUUGCCGAGGGCACCGUCCUACGCCAAGUCAACACGGACACUGGGAAGCUGCGCAUCGGGACCUACACAGGACCGCUCCAGCACUGUGCCGUCUACUCGGGCGGGUCCUCGGACGUGGUAUGUGACCUGCUAGGGGUGAAGGGCAAAGACAUCCUCUACAUGGGGGACCACAUCUUUGGGGACAUCCUGAAGUCCAAGAAGCGUCAGGGCUGGAGAACCUUCCUGGUGGUGCCUGAGUUGGCCCAUGAGCUGCAGGUCUGGACAGAGAAAAGUGAGCUGUUUGAGGAGCUGCGCAGCCUGGACCUCGUCCUGGCAGAGCUGUACCAGCACUUGGACAGUGGCAGCAGCGAGCGGCCAGACAUCAGCUCCAUCAAGCGUCAGAUCCAGAAAGUGACCCACGAGAUGGACAUGUGCUAUGGCAAGAUGGGCAGCCUGUUCCGCUGCGGCUCACGCCAGACCCUCUUUGCCAGCCAGCUGAUGCGCUACGCAGACCUCUAUGCUGCGUCCUUCCUCAACUUCCUCUACUACCCCUUCAGCUACCUCUUCCGGGCACCUCCUGUCCUGAUGGCUCACGAGUCGACAGUGGAGCACAGUCGCCUGGAUGUGGGGGAGAUGGGCACGGGCCUGGCAUCCUUGCUGGCACAGCAUAGCCAUCCAGGCCAGCAGGUCACUGGGGACCCCCAGGACUCCAGUGGGGAGGAGGAUGAUGAUGGAGAAGCCUGAAUGCGCCCCAGCACCGAUGGCUAAUGGCAGGUGCCAGCCCCUAGGAGGGCAUUUGGUGGCCCUGGACCUCUUGUGCUGCUAGCUGGCAGACUGAAGCCACCCCUGGUCAGCCACCACCUCCAGUGGUCAGGGGAUGGUUGGUAGCCCUGGCCCAAGCCCUAUGUCCUGCCUCUGCCUGUGCUGUGGUGCCAAGAGAGGGGCCCAAGCACUGCCCCCACCUCCAUUCAGAGUCCCCCACCCAACUCAAUGCCAGCCUGGUGCUCCCCAAUGUCAGGACAGGGUGGCAGUGCCAUGCUACAGGUAUUGCAGGACCCCACGGGCUCAGCACCUCCUGCCCCUCCAGCUUGGGUGCCCCAGCCUCAUGCACUGCUGCUAAGUGGGUGUUGUUUGUGCACAGGCUGCAGCUGCUGUGCCUGUCUUCUCUUUUCUGUCCUUUGCUAUUUAUAAGGCUGCAGCUCCUGGCCCCACAGCUACACAACAUUGGCCAAAGGAAAAAUUAGGGGUGGCGAGAAUUCCCUGAUCCUUGGCCACACUGGCACUGUCCUGCACCCUAGGGGAGAGGCCUCAUCCAAGGCUCCUUCCAGCAGCCAGGGUUCUCAAUAAAGAUG